AUGGCCAAAACACACGCCCGUUCGCCUUCCCCGGCCCCCAAUCAUUCCUCUCUAAAACGCCCAAAAUUGGCGAAGACGACCUCCGAUCCGUCUGAGGACUUCACACCCUACUUCGCAUCUCACUUGUUCGACCACGAUAAUGUCCACAGGCUCAAUGCUGCCUACAGAGAGAGCGAACCUUACAAGUAUGCUGUUGUGGACAAGCUAUUUCAAGACAACCUUCUACACAAAGUAAAAAGUGAGUGCUUGCACCAGCUGCACUUCACAGAAAAAGAGACCGAUAUAUACAAGGUCAAUCAAACUGGAGAUCUCGCGUCUCUGUCCUACCUAGAUGAAUCCCAGCUCGCCCUCCUCCCUAACAUCCUAAAACUCCGAGAUGCCCUCUAUUCCCCCACGUUCCGUUCCUUCAUCCGCACCGUCACGGGAUGUGGUCCCCUCUCCGGCACCAAACAAGACAUGUCAGUCAAUUCUUACAGAAAAGGCUGUCACCUCUUGAAUCAUGACGACGUGAUCGGUUCUCGUCGAGUGUCUUAUAUCCUCUACAUUCCUUUGCCACCAUCAGAAGAAUGGAAAAAAGAGUGGGGAGGUGCAUUAGAGCUCUAUCCUGUUCGAGAAGGCCCAGAUGGUAUACUGGAGCCCGAGCCGAUUCCGACGAAAAGCAUCCCACCGAGCUGGAACCAGUUCAUAUUUUUUGAGGUUCAGCCAGGCCGUAGCUUCCACUCUGUCGAAGAAGUUGUGGUCGAUGAGGGCGAGGAUGGUAGACAGCGGUUGAGUGUUAGCGGGUGGUUUCAUGCUGCUCAGCUAGGCGAAGAGGGUCACGAGCCCGAGGAGGCUAGCGACUUAAAAAGCUCCCGGGAGCAGCUGACCUCGACGUCCACCUCAUUCAAGACGUACGCAGAAGAGCCCCCGUUCCCCGGGGUCCCACUCAGUCAAGACGACAUCUCAUUUUUAUCUGAGUUCCUAAACCCGGUCUACCUAGAGCCGCGAACCAUGAAAUCCCUUGCUAAACGGUUCGUCGAAGAAUCUUCUGUCGAGCUGCACGAUUUUCUGUGUACACCCCUCGCCGACAAAUUGCGCACGGGACUCCGCGAGAUCGACGUCCACGACGGGCUGAGUGAGGCCCGCCCGAUAGCGAUCCCGCCACACAGCGCAGGGACUGGCAACGGCUGGACGAUCAAAGGUCCUCCUCACAAGUGGCGAUAUUGUGUGCUUGAGCCGCGCAAAGACAACGUCUCUUUAGGUGCUCCUGCAGGUCUUGUCGCACAGACGCCUGGUCGCAUCUUGCGUGCGUUCCAAGACGAGCUGUUCGCUUCGCCCGCCUUCCGUGCGUGGCUCGUCGUCGUCUCGCGCUUGAUACCCAUGCGUCACGCUGUCGAGGCGCGCAGGUUCUGUCCAGGUCUGGGGUACACGCUCGCGACCAGUGAGGAAAACGAGGCGCGGCUUGAUGUGGUGCUCGGGUUGACGCCGCAAGUGGGAGAAGUAGGCGGCGAGAGCGUGAAGGGGAAAGACAAGGCUGACGAGCCACGCGGCUGGCAAUCGGGCGAGUGGGGAGGAUGGGAGUGCUAUAUGGCUCCUCAUGGCGAGGAAGAUGACCCGGCCGUGUACCGCUCCGGCCCCAGUCGUAGCAAAGCUUCUGCCAACGGGCUUAAAGAGGAAAAUGGCGCAAACGGGAAGGAUGUGACCGGAGUCGCUCAUACCUCCCCGCAUAAUGGUCAUAUAGUCUCCAAUAAUACCACAAAAAAGAGUAGUCCUGGUGAUGCUGAUGACGCCAUGGAUGAAGACGAUGACAGCGAAGGCGACAGUGACGGUAAAGACGAGGGUGAAGGUGAAGGUGAAGAUGAAGGUGAAGAUGAAGGUGAAGGUGAAGGUGAAGGUGAUGAUGACGAUGAUGACGAAGAGGAAGAGGACGGUACCUUGCUCACAGUUCAGCCUGGAUUCAACAGUUUGCUGCUCGUCCUUCGAGACGAAGGCGUGAUGCGGUUUGUCAAGUACGUCUCUGCGUCUGCUGAGGGCUCGCGUUGGGAUGUUUGUGGAGAAUACGAAGUCGGCAUGGUGGAAGAGGAUGACGAGUAAAUUUGUAGCGCACAUAUACAUACAUACUCCAGCAUAAUAGUCGCGCUCCCUGAAACACGCGCUAUUGCGCGUCCUCAGGCCUCCGUAAUUGGUGCAUAACUCAAGACUGAUGAUGAUAUGCAUAGAAUGCGAAGGACGUAACUGUAGGCACUAUGAAUCAAAAGUAAUCUUUGUUCCGAGACUAGGGACAAUGGCUGCCUGCUCUCUUUUUGCUAACGCCAGAGCAGCGCCAGGCGUAGGCCGUGGGCGCUUCCCACCGCCUCCCCUAGGUCUGCCAGACCCUGAGUCGCGACCUUCGCGACCCUCUUUUCUUGGAGCAACCUCUUGUGCUUCAGAAUGAGCGUUGGACGGCUCGCUAUCGACUCUCUGCCGUUUCCUGGGGUCUAAGCGAUUUGCUUCAUGUAGGCGCUUGAUCCUGGCCCCCGCAGCACCGGGGCCACCACCACGACGAACAGCGUCUGCUGAUGCAUAUUCGACGACUAGUUUUCGACCGUUCAAGUAAUGGUUUUGGGGGUUGACGAGAGCAGCAGUGGCAUGUUCUAUGCUCGUGAAGUCGACGAACGCAAAGCCUUUACACAGUCCACUGUCCUCAAACGUCCCCAUACGAAUUUUUCGUAUCCAUACGUCCUCUUUCUCCUCUUUCUCCUUCUUCCCCUCCUUCUCCUCUUCAUCUUUUACUUCC